AUAGUACAUGACUAGAUCUAGAGCUCUGCUGUCGGUUGCUACUUAGCUUCUUCUACUUUCUACACUGUUAAGCUCUGAGAUUUGGUUGCCAUGGCCACAGGUUCACUAGUCCCUCUGCUCUUGCUUGCUAGAAUCUCUGGGCUUUUGGUGGCAGUGCUGGUCUUGAUUUGGACUUUUUCAUUCAGGUCCAGCUUUCAUCAUCACUCUACUGAUGAGUCUUUUGACUCUUUUCCCCAACAAGACCAAGGGAUCACCUAUUCAGCUCUUCAUCCUUUGUUCAUGGUCAUUGGCUUUAUUCUCAUCAGUGGAGAAGCAAUUUUGAUACAUAGGUGGUUGCCUGGUUCAAGAAGUUUGAAGAAAUCAGUGCAUCUGUGUCUUCAAGGUGUGGCUUUGUGUUCUGGGAUCUUUGGGAUCUGGACAAAGUUUCAGGGCCAGAGGGGUGUUGUGGCUAACUUCUAUAGUCUUCAUUCUUGGAUGGGUUUGGUCUGCAUUAUCUUGUUUGGAGCUCAGUGGGUGAUGGGUUUCUUGAGCUUUUGGCAUAGAGGGGAAGCGCGCACAGUAAGGCUAAGGGUAUUGCCUUGGCACAUCUUCCUGGGGCUCUACACAUAUGGUUUGGCAGUGGCUACUGCAGAAACUGGGCUUCUGGAGAAGUUGACAUUCUUGCAAACAAGGAGGAAUGUGUCUAAACACUGCCCAGAGUCCAUGGUUGUUAAUAGUUUAGGGCUUGGGUUGGCCUUGCUCAGUGGCAUUGUAAUAUUGGCUGCAAUAUCACCCAAGUACCAACCCACUCAGACUAAACUAAUUUACUCAGAUACCAAAAAAUGUCCCUCUUGUUAAAACAAUUUUGUUAAUGAAAUCACCAUUUCUCUAUGUAAAUGGCAACAAAAUCAAUUUCUU